AUGGCACGCGUGUGGCUCAUCACAGGGUGCUCCUCUGGGUUUGGCCGGCAGAUUGCUAUUGCUGCUGCAAAGAUCGGAGACACAGUGGUCGCGACUUCGCGGGAUCCAUCUAAGUUGGAGGAUCUCAAACAGACUGGCAACAUCCUUCCGCAGCGCCUCGAUAUCUGCGCCAGUGAUGAGGAGGUCCAGGCCCGUAUAGCUGAGAUCAUUACGGCUGUAGGUCGUAUCGAUGUCCUGGUGAACAACGCGGGAUAUAUCCUCGAAGGAGCUAUCGAGGAGUCCAGCGCCGCGGAGAUUGAAGACUUGUUCGGUGCCAACGUCUUUGGCCAACUGCGGCUUCUCCGCGCUGUUCUCCCAACAAUGCGCGCACAGCGAUCGGGCACUAUCGCCAAUAUGGGCUCCAUUGGAGGCUGGAGAGGAACUCCAGGAGCCGGCCUAUACUGCGCCACCAAAGCAGCCAUUGCCAUCUACACUGAGGCGUUGAGGGCCGAAUUGGCUCCGUUUGGUAUCGAGACGACUUGCAUCGAGCCGGGAUACUUCCGCACCAACUUCCUCGAGAGCGAUGGUAGCCACAAGGUUACAGCCAAAAAUCAUAUUUCCGAACUCGAUGUUGUGACGCAGCCAACCAAGUCACGGCUGGCAGCCUACAGCCACCACCAACCGGGAGAUCCGGUCAAGGGAGCACGUCUCAUUGUCGAGGCGCUGACGCGCACGGGACGAUGUCAGGGACGUACUCUGCCUCCCCGACUGGCUCUGGGACGUGAUGCAGUGCAGGUAAUCGGAGCGGCUCUUGACCAAAGUUGCGAGGCCCUAGACGCGUGGAAGGAACUGGUGAGCACCACUGAUUGUGACGAUGUUCGCAACUAA